AUGGGCAGCGAUUUCUACCUGCGGUAUUAUGUGGGUCACAAGGGCAAGUUCGGACACGAGUUCCUGGAGUUCGAGUUCCGGCCAGACGGUAAGAGUCCGGGGGACGGGCAGCCCGGCCGCUGGUUUGUGUUCGGGAGUGAGGCCUAGUGCUGCGACCGGGCGGGCUGGGGCUUCCAUGGCCCAUAGUGCGGCUCUCACAGCCCGGCUGGCACGGCCAUCCUGAUCUAACUCCCUACCCCGGGUCCUGAUCUCAGCCCAUCUCUCCCCGGGUCCUAUCUCAUCUCAGCCCAUCUCUCCCCGGGUCCUGAUCUCAGCCCAUCUCCUCCCUCCCCCCUGGGUCCUGAUCUCAGCCCAUCCUGAUCUCAGCCCAUCUCUCCCCGGGUCCUGAUCUCGGCCCCAUCUCUCCCCGGGUCCUGAUCUCAGCCAUCUCUCCCCCGUCUCUCCUGAUCUCAGCCAUCUCUCCCCCGGGUCCUGAUCUCAGCCCAUCUCCCCCGGGUCCUGAUCUCAGCCCUCUCUCCCCGGGUCCUGAUCUCAGCCCAUCUCUCCCCGGGUCCUGAUCUCAGCCCAUCUCUCCCCGGGUCCUGAUCUCAGCCCAUCUCCCGGGUCCUGAUCUCAGCCAUCUCUCCCCGGGUCCUGAUCUCAGCCCAUCUCUCCCCCCCCGGGUCCUGAUCUCACCCUCCAAGUGUCCCUGUAUGGAUUUUGAGCCCAAAUCCCUCUGUCCCUCUUUUCUCCCGUUCUAGGAGCUUCAUAUUGUUGGUGUACUCCCAAUAGUAACAGUUGCAUCAUUAUUAAUUCACCUAAAAAUUCUCAGAACAGACUUGCUCCUCGCCUAACCACCUUCUUAUUCCCCUAAUAUUAAAGUGUCCCUCUUUCUCCAUUUUAAAUUUUGUGAGGUAUUUACUUAGUAGUUAUGGCCACUAUAAGAAUCAUGUGAUAACAGUUGCUGGCCUACAUUUACUUGUGUGCUUUGUUUUAUUUACCUCAUGUACGAUGUUGGUUUAUAAGGAAUGCUAGUACCUGUAGAAGUAUAAUCCGUCCAUUUCAUUAGGGUAUGUAUGCAUCAAAGGAAUUUAAACUUAUUUGUUUUGUGAUAAUAAAGAACAAAUGUUCACAUAUGGAUCCUACUGGGGUGGGGAGGGAUAAAAUGCUUUAUGUGCCUCAGUAGACAUGGCACGUCCCUUAGUCAGGGCUAUUAUUAAGCACAAAUAUACCUUAAAGGCACUUGGCACAUUGCAAUCUUUGGUGUGCUGCCAAACAGGGUUAUUCACAAAGUCCAGACCAGUGUAAUUCGAUUAAAGAGAAUCUAUGGUCUUUAAAACAACUUUAGCUUAAAGGGACAUUGUAGUCACCCAGACUAUUUCAGCUCAUUGAGGUGUUCUGGGUGCAGUGUGUCAGUACUCCUUAGUCCCACCAAUGUCUGCUGUGUCCAUCAAAGUCCUCUCAUGCCAGUGCUUAGAAGUCAGACUAUCUCUUACAGGGAUUCUAACUGGCUCAUGCUGGGAGACUGUAGGCAUGAAUUUCUGUCAUUUGGCAACUGAUGAAAUCAAGAUCAUUUCCAGAGUGGGAAGAUGGAAAUAACCAGUGUGGCUGUUUAAAUUAAACCCUUUAUCAAAUAUAAACAUCAUAAAUAUAAUUGGAGAUAUUGGCUGUUUUUCAUCUAUACAUAUAUAUUUUUUUUUUAUACAGGGAAGCUUCGUUAUGCAAACAACAGUAAUUACAAGAAUGAUGUGAUGAUCAGAAAGGAGGUAUUUAUGUUUUUAUUCUAUUAUAUUCCCUUGUUAACUAAUAAUAUAAAUCACAAUACACAUAGAAAAAAAUAUAACGCUUCUGUAAAUAUUAAUAGGUAGUAAACACUUUAGCAACAAUCCACUUUAGACUUAGUUGCAAUGAAGGUAUAAAAUAGCUUCAAUCUGCCUGAAAUUGCACAGCAGGACUUCAGUAUAACCACACUGCAGACCACCCAGCACCAUAUUUGACCUGCAAGAUAUUGCACAGCAGGAUUUUAGCACAAUUGCACAGUUGUCUUCGGGUUGUUAAGACUGCUUUGCAUCAGGAAAUCAGGUGGAACUUUGAGUCAAAAGCAGGGAUAGCUACUGCUUAUUAGACAAAGAACUUGUUUAAUGGCUUCAUUAUUUUAAGAUCAGCAUCUUAGUGAGUAUGCUGUUGAACUAUAUCUAUGUAUCUUUUCUUCUCAAAAUCAAAGAGAGUUUACUUCUAAUUGCAUAAUAAAUUUUUUGGUGUAAUGUACAUGUCAUUGAAUAAAUCAAGUUCUUAGGUAGUGAGUGUAUUCAAUCAAUUAUUUAAGAUAAGAAUGAGAGCAGUGUGAUAUAAUAUUAUCCAAUAGUAGAUGUAAAUGCACUUUGUCCCAAUAAUGCUACUUCUUUAAGAAAUUUUCCAUUACAGGGUUACCCCAAGAAUCAUGACCACUUCAGUAAUGUGAAGUGGUCAUGGUGCCUGGAAUCUGUCUUUCCAGGAAUCUUGUCACUUCUUGCUGCCUGAGGUGUGACUCCAGCACUGGCAGCAUCAUUGGGUUAUAUAUCUCAGAACAAGAGUUCCAGGCUGACUAAUGCAAAUUCUGUGCAUAUUUCUAUGCACAAAGUUGCUUUCAUUGGCUGAGAGUGGACAGUCAACACUCUUAUCUGAUGUGAUUGGCAUUUGGCUUUUACAGUUCUGCUGAAGCAAUAUGCAUGUCAAUAGGCCAUAGAAAACACUGUGUGCUUGGUGGCUACCUAGGUAAGAGGGCAAACCAUUGCAUUACUGAAAAAUGAGGACAAAUUAUUUUAAUUUUAUUUUGUGCUGUAUUUUACGGUUAUGUACUACCAGGUGUUCUAACUUUAGUUGCUUGUUUAGUCUGCAGUAGGCAAAGCACAUUUGAACAUAUUUAAACUAUAAACUGCCUUUCUUGUCCUUAUGUAAACACUUGCCACAUCCUUACUCCUAGGCCUAUGUACAUAAAAGUGUGAUGGAGGAACUAAAGAGGAUCAUUGAUGACAGUGAAAUCACAAAAGAAGACGAUGCACUGUGGCCCCCUCCAGACAGAGUAGGACGACAGGUUAGUACAUUUAUGAACCAUUUUUUAUUUAUUUAAAAUUAUUACUGAAAUCUAACAAAACCAUGCAAUCCUGUCUUUCCCACAGAGUUUUUGCUAAUUUGUCUUUUUUCUGAUAUUUGUUACAGGAGCUGGAAAUAGUGAUUGGCGAUGAACACAUCUCUUUUACCACAUCAAAAAUUGGUUCCCUCAUAGAUGUGAAUCAAUCAAAGUAAGUUCUAAUUUCCUGUGAAAUUAUUUGCAUAAAUACCAUGGCAGGUAAUACCAAAAAUGUAUGGACUAUAUUAGAAUGCCUGUACUGCUGUAUAGAUAGUAUUUUGUAUGCCAUUUAUACAUGUUAGGUGCGGAGCAAUAAAAUCACAUUAUACGGGUCUCCUGUGAAAGGGAUAGUUGAGCUCAGGGAACCCUAACAUGGCUGGUGAUGUUGUGAAACAAGGAUUUUGUCAACAUCUCUUUUUGGUUGUGCAUUACAUAUAAAACAGAUUUUAUUUUUUAUAUGACCAUUCCCAUUCUGAUACUAUAAUUGCAGUAUUUAGUGUAUUGUUUUCAAUAAACUCCACACCUAGCAUGCAAUCUCUCUGAUAACAACUGGAGAUCAAUUGUAUUAAAGUGAGCCUGUCACUUACAAACUGGAUGCCAAACUAAUUUCGACCUUGUGCUGACAAGCAAAUCUAUAGGUUAAAAGACUGACUGGAAGAUAAUCUAUUCACUCUCCAAAAUUACAUUAAAGGGACACUAUAGUCACACAGACCACUUCAGCUCAAUGCCAGGUCCCUCUAGGGCUAACCUUGCCUGCUGUAAACAUAACAGUUUUAGAGAAACUGCUAUGUUUACAUUUGGGGUUGAGCCAGCCUCUAGUGGCUGUCUUCUGGACAGCCAUUAGAGGCGCAUCUGCAACGCUGGAGGCAUAUUAUGCCUCCAUCACGCAGAGUGUCCAUAGGAAUGCAUUGAAAAAUGCUUUCCUAUAGACACUUUGGAUCCAUGCGCAGCAUUGCCACGCUUUUGCGCUACGCUGACGUCGGCGUGGGAGGAGAGGUAAGGGAGCCGGCGGCUGAACAGAGCACCACGGGAGGGAGACCCUGAGGUUGGGGGCACCCUCAGGGUACUAUAGUGUCAGGAAAACAGAUUUUGUUUUCCUGACAUAAUGAUCCUUUAACAAUGUCUUUUGUAAGGUUUAAAUUUUGGCAGCACAAUAUGUGUGAUUUUUUUUUUGUUUUUGUUUUUUUAGGACCGCCUCAAAAGAUAACAAAUUGAUGAUUGUUCCAUUAUCUUUAACUUUGUUCAUAUAUUUCAGAGACCCAGAAGGACUACGCGUUUUCUACUACCUGGUGCAGGACCUGAAAUGUUUGGUGUUUAGCCUUAUUGGACUACACUUCAAAAUUAAACCCAUUUAG